AUGCAGAGAAAUCGAAGUCUUCGCCAUUUUUGCGAAAUUCUGAGCCAUGGGACGAUACACAGCAGAUUUUUGGCGGCGAAUUUUUCGCGAGAGAAAAGUUCGAGGAGAGAAAUGAGCUCGAAAUGGCCAGAGAGAUUGGGAAAACCUCUGGAAGUAACGGAGAAGCUAUUGAUGGGGCCAGGGCCGGCGAAUUGCCCACCGAGGGUUUUGGAAGCAGCAGCAAAGCCGCUUCUCGGCCAUCUCCACCCAGAUUUCUGUGAAAUCAUGGACGACGUCAAAGCCGGGAUCAAGCACCUUUUCCAGACCGAAAACGAGCUGACCAUCGCUCUAUGCGCUUCUGGCCACGCCGCAAUGGAAGCAACGCUUGUCAAUACGCUUGAAGCGGGAGAAAAAGUCGGAAUCGCGAAAAAUGGCAUUUGGGGCGAGCGUGCUGCGGAUAUCGCUUCUAGAGCCGGUAUCAAUGUGGCGAUCUUGGAGGGUACUCCUGGAAAGUCGUUCUCGAAGGAAGAAAUUGAAGGGUUCCUAGAGAAAGAGAAACCAAAAGCGUUUUUUAUCACUCACGGGGAAAGCUCGACCGGAGUUUUUCAAAAUAUUAAGGGGAUCGGAGAGAUCUGCAAGAAGAACAGCUGUCUUUUCAUGGUCGAUUCUGUCGCAGCGUGUGGCGGAGUUGAACUGAAAAUGGACGAAUGGGGAAUCGAUGUUCUCUACACUGGAAGUCAAAAAGUCCUCAGCGCUCCACCGGGAACCGCUCCAAUCUCUUUUUCACCACGAGCUCGCCAAGCGAUCAGGAAUAGAGAGACGCCAGUUCAGAGCUACUAUCUUGAUGUUGAAGUUCUUGGUCGAUACUGGAAUGUUGAUGCGCAGCCUCGAUUUUACCAUCACACUGGCGCUGUGACCAAUAUUUUCGCCCUCCGAGAAGCUCUUUCUUUCAUCUCUUCUGAAAAUCUAGAAGAAACUUGGAAAAGACAUAAAAUUUGCCAGAAAAAGCUUCAUGAAGGAUUGAAAGAGCUCGGGCUGGAGCUGUUUGUUGAAAAUCAAGAUGAUCGACUCCCGUGCGUGACGACUAUAAAAGUUCCAGAUGGAGUUGAGUGGAAUGUUGUCACAGCACUGAUGAUGGAAAAUGAUACGAUCGAAAUGGCGGGAGGACUCGGCCCUACUGCUGGAAAGUGCUGGAGAAUCGGGCUGAUGGGGUUCAACUGCACGGAAAAGAAUGUUAAUAAAGUUCUGCGAUCACUUCAAAAAGCUCUGCAAACAAUCGGUUAUCUGAGUAAAUAA